AUGGAUGAGCGAUACGAGAAUACUUUAGCAACUUCCGAAAAAAUCCGUCGUUUAGGUUAUAAAUUAAUAGAAAUAUGGGAGUGUGAAUAUGAUAAACUUUUGUUGAAAGAUCCAGAAAAAGCUAGCUUUUUACGAUCACACCCUUUGCUUGAUAAACACCCUUUGAAUCCUCGCGAUGCUUUUUUCGGGGGUCGCACUGAAAAUUUUAUACAGUUAUACGAUGCCGAAGAAGGAGAAAAAAUAAAAUAUGUUGAUGUUUGCUCACUUUAUCCGUAUAUUUGUAAGACAGAGAAUAAGGAUCUAUCUGAUAUCGAGGGUCUUGUAAAAUGCACAAUUUUGGCUCCACGCGACCUUUAUCAUCCCGUAUUACCAUGUAAACUUCAUAAUAGGCUUAUCUUUGCCUUGUGUUAUACAUGCGCUUUAUCUUUAAAUCAACAUGAUUGUGAUCACGAUGAGGAUACCCUUAGAGCGUUUACAGGCACAUGGGUAGUUGAUGAAAUACGUAAAGCAAUAAGUAAAGGAUAUAUUAUCAUUAAAGUACAUGAGAUAUGGCAGUAUGAAAUAGUACAACAUAAUCCGAAAAAUGGGUCAGAGGGUUUAUUUACUGAUGAUAUAAAUAUGUUUUUGAAAAUUAAAACAGAAUCAAGCGGGUACCCUAAAGAUUGUAUUACUGAGCAAGAAAAAGAUGCUUAUAUUGUUGAAUAUGAAAAAGCUGAAGGUGUAAAACUAGACAAAGAAAAAAUUACGAAAAAUGAGGGCUUACGAGCUGUAGCUAAAUUGAGUUUGAAUUCAUUAUGGGGAAAAUUUGGACAAUGGGAAAAUUUACCACAAACUGAAAUUAUCACUACUAGAGCUCGAUUAAUGGAGAUGUUAACAGAUAGUCAGAUUGAAAUCACGGGGUUUCUACCGGUAAAUGAUAAAACAAUAUAUCUAAAUUAUAUAAAUUGCGCGGAUAGUGUACCAGCUUCACCUACAACGAAUGUUGUUAUAGCUGCGUAUACAACAGCCCAAGCUCGCCUAAAGUUAUAUAGUUAUUUAGAAAACUUGGGUGAACGUGUAUUAUAUUGCGAUACAGAUUCUUGUAUUUACAUUUCUAAAAAUAAUCAAUACGAACCCCCAACAGGUAAAUUCUUAGGCGAUUUAACCGAUGAGCUUGAAUCUUAUGGACCUGGUAGUUAUAUAUCAUCAUUCGUAACAUGCGGUCCUAAAUUUUAUGCAUACAUCGUCCGUAAAACAGAUGACAGUACUAGCGAGGUGUGCAAAGUUAAAGGGAUAACGUUAAAUUUUGAAAACAGUCAAAAAAUCAAUUAUAAUACAAUCAGGUCUUUUAUAUUAGGUGAUAAUACUGAACCUAUUAUAGUUAAGUUUGACGCUAUAAGACGUACGCUUUUUCAUGAUGUAGUAACGCGUAAAGAAUCAAAGACAACAAAGCUGCAAUAUAAAAAGCGUAGGCUUACCAAUGAACAUCGGUCUUUACCAUUCGGUUAUUUAACGUUAUAA